UAUCAGCUGGUUAGACAGCAAGCCCAAAGUUCGUCCCUACUCCAAUCGCCUCUGCAUUGAACUACAGUAUGAGUUUUUCGCAUUCGAUUUAAUUGAGGGAGGGGCCAUGGAACAGCCUGGUCCUGCUUCAGAUACACACAUGAUGGAAGGAUCAGAGGUUGAAUCUGUGUCUGAGGGAUCUCCCCCUGUGAGUCAGCCCCACAACAGCACAGCCAAUGUAGAAAAUGAGGAGCAAAUAUCCCACAAUGGUGCUGAUGAGGCAGAAAAGUGCAGUCAGGCAAAAGAUGAAGCACUGCCUGAAAGUGAAUUAAUCAAGAGUACAACAGAUGUUGAGAUGGACACAAAGACAGAGCCAGAAGCUCAAACAUGUAGCCAGGAACAGGUGGUUGGGAGUGAGAUGGAUGCUGAUACCAGCUGUCAUAACAAUACACUUUCCACGGAAGGUGGGAUUCCUUCAUUUUCAAAUGAGGCUGGUGGAGCUUUGGUAGCCCCAGACACCUCUUUAGAUGAUGUGGUAGAAAGCUCUCCUUCUGUUCUUGAAGGCACAAUCGAAACCUUAUUGACUUUUGAUGAAGUGAAGGCUCCUCAUGCCACAACUCCGAACCACAAUAUGCAACCAUCACUCUUGGUUACAAAUUGUUCCACAGAGCCAUCGCCGGCUGAUGAUAAUGGUUCAGCUGAGAGUCCAUCAUCCUCUUCCGUCCAGAGCACUUCCAAAAACUCCCCUACCGAGACCACGACCACCUCUGGGAUUUCUAACGGCCCCUCGACCCCUAGCUCUGACACUGUCAGCUCCUCUCUUGCUUCCAGUCCACAAACCGGUGCCAACAUCUCAGCCCCGUCACAUUCCUCGUCGAGCCCAUAUGACACUGAUUGCAGCCGCAAGCUUAUUUCCCAGAUCCAGCGCUCGCUGUCACAGGAGUCACUGCUGGAUGAGCUAGAGUCAGAGCUUUUGGCCUGUCAGCUGCCUGAGGGUGAAGGUGGAAGCGAGAGAAAGGGCAGCCCACCUGUCAAUGGACUCCCCACAGACCAGGAGGACUGCAUGGUGGUCUUUGAGAAGUGUGUGCAGUACAAGUAUGCACAGCAGGAGAAAGCUAUUCAGAGGUUGCUUGAGGAGAACAAGAGACACCAGGAGCUGAUCCUGGGUAUCUGUUCAGAGAAGGACAACAUGAAGGAAGAGCUGAAAAAGAGGACAGAGACGGAAAAGCAGCACAUGGCCACCAUUAAAAAGUUGGAAGGCAGGGUGGAGGAGCUCCUGAAAGAACUGAAGGAGUCGCGGGAUAAACUAAUCCACCAGGACCAGGCAGCUAAGGCCGCCCUCCAGCAGAUGCAGAAGGAGAUGGCCUUCCGGCUAGAACAGGCGAACAAGAAGUGUGACGAGGCACGCCAAGAGAAGGAGGCCAUGGUGAUGAAGUAUGUGCGGGGGGAGAAAGAGGCCCUCGACCUCAGACGGGACAAGGAGGGUUUGGAGAAGAGGCUGAGGGAGGCCACCAAGGAGGUAGACCGCCAGGCGCUCCGAGGAAACCAGCUGGCUCAGGAGAAAGGCCGGCUGCAGCAGCUGUAUGAUGCUAAGGAGGGCGAGGUUAGCAGGUUGACCCGAGAGGUGGAAAAGUUGAAGGAGGAGAUCAACUCGCAUCUUAUCAAGGUCAAAUGGGCCCAGAACAAACUAAAGAGUGAGGCGGAUGCACACAAGGAAACUAAAGACAAACUGAGAGAAACCACAUCCAAACUGGCCCAGGCCAAAGAAGAGACCGAACAGAUCCGCAAGAACUGCCAGGACAUGAUCCGAACAUACCAGGAAUCAGAAGAGCUCAAGUCCAAUGAGCUGGAUGCUAAACUGAGAGAGACCAAAGGAGAGCUGGAGAAACACAAGCAGGAACAAACCGACCAAUUGGAGGUACACCGAGUGAAGGCCAAGGAGCUGGAAGACCUGAAGAGGAGUUACAAAGAGGGCAUGGAUGAGCUCAAUACCCUACGCACCAAGUUGAAGUGUUUAGAGGACGAGCGUCCACGCUGGGAGGACGAGCUGAGCAAGUACAGGGAGAUCAUCAACCGGCAGAAGGCUGAGAUCGGCCGGCAGAGAGAAAAGCUGGACGAGAUCACGGCACUCCAGGAGCAGCAUCAACGUGACCAACAGGAGAUCACAUCUCUUCGUGAGGAAGUGGACGGUCAGACCAACCAGAUGGCUGACCUCCAGCGUGAUGUACAAGGCAGCAGGGAGCGUGAGGCUGAGUUACUGGGCUUCACUGAGAAGCUGAGCAGCAAGAACGCCCAGCUCCAGUCAGAGAGCAACGCAUUACAGUCUCAGCUGGAUCAGCUCACCAGCAGCUUUACGGAGCUCCAGGCAAAGCUGGAGGAGACCAACAGGCUUCUGGAUGACAAGUCACGACACCUGAAACAGGAAGAGGUGCUGAGGCAGCAGGAGGUGCAGGGCUUGCAGGAGCAGCGGACAGCACUGCAGACAGAGGUGGUCCAGCUGAAAACCAGAGUUGAAGAGCUGCGAGAUGAGCUGGUGACUCAGAAAAGGAAACAAGCCGCCAACAUCAAGGACCUGACGAAACAACUUACGCAAGCCCGUAAGAGACUGGAGCAGGUUGAGAAUGGAGGCUGCGACCGGGAUGCCAGCAGCAUGGGCAGUCGCUCUAGUUCCUCAGGUACUACUCCUGGAUUUGGCUCCUUGAAUGCACGUCACGGCGGGAGCAGUGGUGUCGAAGAGCGGUCGCCCGAGAGUCAGUCAGGUCCUUCAGUGGUGGUCGUGGACAGCUUCCCAGAGGUCGACAAGGCUGUGCUGGUGGAGCGCAUUGUCCGUCUGCAAAAGGCUCUGGCUCGCAAGCAGGAAAAAAUUGAGUUCAUGGAGGAUCACAUCAAGCAACUGGUGGAAGAGAUCCGCAAAAAGACCAAAAUUAUCCAGAGCUACGUGCUAAGGGAGGAGACGGGGGCCCUCUCGUCAGAGGCGUCCGACAUUAACAAGGCCCACCUGAGCCGUCGGGGAGGCAUUAUGGCUUCGCUUUACACCUCCCACCCGGCGGACAGCGGGCUGACCCUGGAUCUGUCGCUGGAGAUCAACAGGAAGCUGCAGGCUGUGUUGGAGGACACACUGCUGAAGAACAUUACUCUGAAGGAGAACCUGCAGACACUCGGGGCCGAGAUCGAGAGGCUCAUAAAACAGCAGAGAGAUCCCGAGGACGGAGUGAGGAGGAAGUGA